ACAACGGACAUAUCAACGUGUGGAGCAGAUGAGUGAAUGAGAAGAAGAAAGUUAUUGGUGGGAGGAAAAAUUUAGUCGGGAGAGGCUACAUGAAAAUGGCAUACAAAAGAAUGAUCUCAUGUGUGCCAAAAUCACAACAGUAAAAGGACAAUAAAGAGAGGAGGAGGUGGUGGAGGUGUACCGAGCAUACCUGCACAGCAUGAUUUUCCAGUAUAUAAAUGGCAGUCCGGUUAGAGAAGAAGCAGAUCACUUUCCACUCCUGAAGAGACGCAUCUCCAGUUUGUCUCUGCACCACCAAACAAGGAAGGCUCAUAAUGAAGGUCUUGGUGUUCUUGAUGUGCCUGAUGGUCACUGCCUUUGCUGCUCCUGCUCCGAGUGAAAGUAAUGAGGAAAAGCAGGUUGCAGCACAUGCUAAUGAAGCCCGGAGGUGGAUGGAGUUGUACAGGCUGUACCAGCAGCAGGGUGUACUUGGAAACCCCUUUCUUCCCGCUGUUGAUGCUCCUGUGGAUGCUGCACCAGCCCAGCCAGCUGAUGUCCCCCCUGCAGCUCCCGUUGCUGUUGGAGAUGCAUCAGAGGAGGAGACCGAGGAUGGUAACAUUGCACCCAAAGCUGCAGCACCUGUUGCUCCUGCUGCCCCACUGAACUCUGAUGAGGCGGAGGAGGACGAGGAGUUGGGGGCCGCUGAGGCUGAGCCAGCUGUGGUUCAAGCAGCACCAGCAGAGCCCGCAGCAGAUCCUGUGGCUGCUGACGCUGCUGCUGUGGAUGUGCCUCCUGUUGACGUGGUUCCUGCUGACAGUGCUCCAAAAGCCCCUGAGGUACCUGUCCAUACGGCUGCCCCUGCCGCAACUGAUGUCGCUACUGGAGCAACUGAUGCCGCCGAUGCCGCCGCUGCCCCACUGGCAGCUGAGAUUGACACGACUGGAGUGGCAGCAGAUCCUGCUGUGCUGUAGUUAUUACUCUCAUUGCCAGCCUAAGUGCUCCUCUGUUAGCAGUUACAGCAAUAGCUGGGAACAGUGAUGUAGUUGUAGCACAAAAGAAUAAAGAACUGGUGACAUUUGGAAUAGAGACUGAAGAGAAAAUGGGGGGAAAAAAAUAAAAAAUCAGAGCAAACAUCGGAA